AUGCCGCCGCCGCCGCCGCCCACACCCGCGCUGCCUUCUGCCCCCUUCCCCAUGACGGCGUAACGCGGGUAGGCGCUAAAGCCUCCCCCCCCAAGGAAAGCACGUGUGCAGAAAGCCCUUGGAGGAACUUCUCCGACCCGAGCCGGAUAGUUCGCGACGCGCAACCUUCCUCGGCUUGGGGUUGUUGGGCUUUUUGGAACCGACACGAGGGCCGGCGGCUCGAUCGCUCACUCGCCCGUCCGCCCUUCUUCCUCUUUGAUUCCGCCUUCCUGCCUCUGCUGCCCGCCCCAGAAAGUAUUAAUUAAAGAGUCUGUGGGGCAGCAAGAAAACGCGGUCUUUGCGUGCACUCCGUUUAGGGUUUAUGGCUCAUAGCCUGGAUUAAGGCAGUACAUGGUGAAAUAAGAGAGGCUUCCAAGCUGAGGGCACCACAAGUGACUGUCCAUGUGAAGUAUCAUGCCUGCCAAUGCCGAUCCCUCAACCUUUGUGAAAGUGCUCCACCUAGUUUUUCUUUCCACUUUUUGGGGAAUGCAGAUCUGGGUUACUUUCAUUUCCAGUUUUGUGAUGAGCAGCCACCUCUCACAACAUAUGUUUGGAUUCAUUCAGAGUUUCCUCUUCCCCUAUUACUUUCAUAUUGGGUCUGUGUGUGCUUUUGUUAACCUGACUAUCUUUGCUACGUGCCACCCCAGUGAGCUUCUCAAUGAGGAAGAAACCACACAGAUUACGGUCUUCUUCAUUUGUGUCACAAUUGCUGCUUUAAAUGCUCAUUGGUUUGGGCAAGUGACGUCGGACAUUAUGGCUGAAAUGCACCUGAUUGAGCAAAGCUAUGGCUUAGGAGGGGAUGUUAGGGUGUUCUCAAACAGGUCCCUUAUACGGCUGGGCCACCUGGAUGCUAGUUAUAAGGCACUAACAAGUAGACUGAGCAUAUACCAUGGCUUCUCUUCCCUUUGUAACCUGUGCUGCAUCGCAUGCAACGGCUUGAGCCUCUACUAUAUGGCUGCUCACCUUUCCACACUCUGAACCCAAGCAAAGGCCCUAGUUGGUCUGGGGGCAUGAGUUCCUGAAGAGAACUAGGCUGCAAGAGGGCACUCCUGUACAGAAGCUCUUGAGUCACCACAGUUCCAGUGAUAUAGUACAGAACCUCUAAAACAUCGUGGUGCUGACAAGUGACAAACUCCUUUGCUUCCCACAGACCUUUAAGGUUCCAGUUGACUAGUAAGACUUUUGUUUCUUAUACUGAACAGACGACUUGGUCAGACAAUUGUAAAAGGCUGAGGUAAACUGAAAUACUUGAUUAAGAAUCAGGUUUUUUU